UUGACGAGAUCUAACCAGGAAGAAUGGACAUUCCGAGUUUGUUAACGACUUAAGUUGACCGGAUUUACAUCAGACGGAAAGUGAAGGAUUUACUUCAACUGACAAGUCUAUACACUAUAGCUAUCCAGCUGUCAGUUGGCGUAUAAAGGGAGACACACCCAUUUACUCAGCUAACAUACUAAAUGACCCAGAUUCUGGUCUGAAAGCCACUCUACAACGCGUGUGUAUAUGGAUACACACAUACACCACACGGAGGGUCGAACUGUUCGUAGAUAUGUGUCGUCGUAGUGGUAAUAGUCAGCUGAUACAUGUGCCAAGAUGUAGUUUUAAUACAACGUGAGGAAAUGUCCAGUUUGAGGAUGGUGAUUCCGUCGAAUUGUGAAUAUUUGUGAUCGAAUGGAUGUUUGGUUUGAACACAGAAAUGUGCUCGGUAACCCGCUCGACAGGAUGUGAAAUAAACAAUUUCCAAUCAAUGCUGUUUGGAAAAUAUAAUGUGUUCAAAUGUACUAUCAUGUCAUUGCUAUAGAGUUGGAUUUCUGCUAGUCAUAUUAGCUUUAACGUACUGUCCUGUAUCGUCAAACGUACUCCUCAGUGACUUCUAUCCAUUUGGAGAAAUUCAUGGUGAUACAGCUAAUAAGCAAAAGGACGAUGGCGGAUCUGGCAAAAUAUCUCUUCCAGUGAAAUUUCCUUUCUUUGGACAGGAUUAUACAUCACUUUAUGUGAACAAUAACGGACUGUUGACAUUUGAAAAGGAGAAAACGACAUACAAGCCUAAAAAAUUCCCUCUGAGUGACAAUACUUCUGUGAUAGCCGUGUUCUGGGCUGAUAUAGACAUUCAACGAGAAGGCGGUAAUGUAACAUACAGACAGACCACUGAUCCAAGUCUUCUGACAAGGGCUACAGAAGACGUUAGAAAAUAUUUCUUCUUGAGAAAAGAAUUUACCUGGAUGUUGAUUGCAACGUGGUACGAAGUUGGGUUCUACGGGGCAUCGAACUCGGGAGAAUUAAGGAAAAACACUUUCCAGUUAGUCCUUUCUACAAAUGAAGAGAAGUCCUUUGUGUUCUUUUACUACAACAAACUUCAGUGGACCACUGGAUCGAACAGUCUUGGGAAUUCCUCUACUGGACUUGGAGGAAAUCCUGCGCAAGUAGGCUUUAACUCUGAGGACGGCGUGAGUUACCUUAGUGUUGACGGGGCCCAGACUGAUGCCGUCAUCAACCUAACCCGAACUAGUAACGUGGACGUACCGGGACAGUGGAUCUUUGGAGUUUCCGGAUCCGAAAUCCGAGAUGUCAAGUGCAACCAUGAUGUUCAAAUCCAGAUUGUGCCAAAUACCGGAUAUAUGUUGGGAGGUGAAGAGUUCCAAGUUACCGGUCCCUGUUUCCAAUUGGAUUCUAACGUCACAGCGCGAAUUGUGCAAACUAACACAACUUUUAAGUGUGCAGUUAUUAACUAUGUGUCAGCCAAGUGCGUGCUGCCACCUUUAUUCAAAACAGGGGAGAUGACCCUUGAGUUAAAUCCGUACGGCAUUAGUUGGAAUUACUCCACAGUUCUUCAGAUAGAUAACGUAGCGUCGAUGGCGCCAAAGGUAGUGCGAAAGGAAAUCAGCCAGUGGAUUGUGGGAAAUCCUGUCAAAAUUAAUUGGAACUCAACUACUCUUCCGUACAGUCGGGGUUUGACUGUAGAACUGUUGGGCUUCCAGCAUAACAAUGGCGUCCCGAGCUUUACAGUUAUAGAACCGACGGAUCUCGAUGAAAGUUUAGAUUCAUUUGUAUUACCAGAAUCACUGACGUCAUUCCAGAUCGCCGCUGUGCGCGUGCGUGAGACAAACCCACUUUCGGGGAGUUUACCAGUAGCUGUGUGGUCUGAUGUAUUCCCUGUCCGAGUCAGUGCCAACUGGUCCUCUUUAUUGUGUAGUAACUGGAACAAUUCUGACAAUCUCUUGCCCAGCAUCGCUAGUAGCGAUCUGUCCUGUCCUUGCGUCGCCAAACAGGCGUCACGUGACACGGGGAGGUUCGCGUCAGAUCCCUUGUGUAAUUUAGACAACAAUAACAUUUCUACAAACUGUGUUUACAAACCUGGUGCUGUUCAGUGUUAUUUACGAAUCCUUCAAAGUGGAUUAAGUACCGGUGCUUCGUGUUGCUAUGAUGACACGGGUGAUUUGAUAGACAUUCGAGACAGUAACGGAGGUGGAUCCUCCUUACGGUAUACUGUGCAAUCUCAGGGAGACACCGUCGUGCCUUACUUUUCAUUCUUCAAGGACGAUCUUCUUUCUUCCGUACACUGCUGUCAGUAUUCUGAUUCUUCUGACAUGUGCCAACUUUUCAAGAAUAAACGCCCACCUGUUACAUGUGACCAGUAUGAACCGCCCACCGCAGCCCAAGCCGCAGGUGAUCCGCAUCUUACGACACUUGACGGAAAGAGCUACACUUUCAAUGGUUUAGGCGAUUUCAUUUUGGUUGAAGACGAAGCUUCCGGUGUAGUGGUUGAAGUCCGAGCUGCGCAGGCGCAGGAUACGGAAGGCAACUACCAGAACGCAAGUAUCUUUUCGGCCGUUGCUAUGACGACCAGGGGAGUAUCUGACGUGAUUGAGGUGCACAGGGACACUGAUACGGUGUCGCGGAUCCUUAUCAACGGCUUUCUUGUCACAAAAGAAUUAUCUACCUCGGUCACACAGUUCAAUGGCUUAACAGUGCAAAUGAGUCGGACGGAUGCAACGACGCACAAUAUCUUAGUGGUUUUUGAAACCACCGGUCUGUCCGUGUCAAUGGAUGUUAACUCUGACCUCAUCAACAUUCUUGUCGUAGUAGGAGACGACAGGAUGAAAGGUAACCUCCGAGGUCUUCUUGGUAACUACAAUGGCGAUCCGACUGAUGAUUUUAUCUCAAAGACAGGAGAACAGCUAGAUACUGACAUCAGUAUGGAAGAUAUCCACUUCCGGUUUGGUAUGACAUGGGAAGUGCCCAGAAACCAGUCAUUAUUUUCAAAUGUUGUACCUCAAGCAUCAAACUUUAUACCUACGUUUAGUGAUUCUGGAACGUUACCGGUGCGGAACGGUACAAAGGAAAUGUGUGGAAGUAAUGUUCAGUGUCAAUUUGACUUUCAAGUCACCGGAAAUGAAGCUAUAGCAAGGAGCACCGCCAACUUCAUAAACAAAUUUAAUGUGCUGAAAGAAGAUUUAGUGAAGGUUGUUCGUUGUCCUUACCUGGAUACCCCGGAAAAUGGAAUAAGAAAUAUAUCGGGUUAUUUUCCCGGAGCUAACGCUACAUUCGAAUGUUUACCUGGCUUCGUCACCAUCAGUGGUGAUAAGAGGCAGACAUGUCGGGGUGACGGCACGUGGUCUGGUGCCACAAUAACAUGUGUACAACCUGUGCCACAAGCCGAUGGAGGGUUCUCCAAAAAAAUCAUUAUUUACAGCUUAACCGGUUCUGGUGUUGCUAUUUUCGUCAUCAUCAUCAUUAUAUGCAUCAUAUGUCAUUGUCAUCGACGAGAGCCGAAGACGGCAGACGUAGAGGAGGAUAACCCUCAUGUAGAUUUACACGUCAUAUUUCCCCCAUCAAACAUUCCACGACCUAUGUUUGAGAAUGAGGACUUCCUGGAAAUCCUUGGACAGUUAAAUUCCGGAGACGGGUUUAAAAUUCCACGCCCGAGCUACGUCGAUCCACAAAUAUUUGAUGAAUAUUUCUUCUAGUCAGGGAUAUAACAUGUUUCCAAAUAGAGAAUGGAUAUUUAAUUCAUCAAAUUUUAUUCAAACUGGAGUGCUAAUUACCUACAAGAUGUACAAGUCAACAAAAUGUGUCAGUGAAACUUUUUAAGACACUGAAGGAUGUUUAUUAUUCCGACGACUUACAUAUGUGUUUAUUGAACCGUGUCAACCGUUGUCGAGGUGAACAUAUGUGUUUACUGAACCGUGUCGACCGUUGUCAAGGUGAUUGAGCCCGUAACACAAAGCGGGGUGUUGUGCACGCGGGAGUUCCUUGUCUAGUCAAGCAAAUGAGGAGCUGUCGAUGGACCAUAUACCGGACUAGAUUUUCCUCACCUGGUCAACCGAUACAAAUGCAUAUUCGUACGGUGCUUUUUUGUCUGUUUUAAACAUCUAGGAAAUAACUUAUUGUGUUUUUUCCUAGAAGUUUAUGUAAAAAUCUGGUGAUAGUUCACAAUGAAUAAUAUAUGUCUUAUUUAUUUUAUGCUGGAUUCAAUGGGCGAAUCAUAUGUAUACAAUGAUACAUUUCCUCCGAUAAUUGCUUUUAACAUGAAACAUAUUUUUACAAGGGUCACAGUUCUGAAGGUGAAAAAUCAUUGUCACUGUUUCUAUAAAUAGAGCACGAUUCUUUUUUUAAUCUCACUGCUUUCGGCUACACAAGAAACAUAUGUAUUGAAAUCCAUGUUUCCUUUUCGCGACAAGGAGUAAACAUUUGAAAAAGAGAAAAAUGGAAUCGCCUGCUGUACCUAUAAUACCUUUUACAUUUGAUAUUUUUCAUUAUGAUUCACUUUUAUCUUAUUGCUGAACCUUACCACAACAACCUAAUCAUCUUUUACCGAAAGAGAUAACUGUUUUUUCAUGCAAAUGUCUUCGCGUGAUUCGGUGAUUUUUUGGACUUACGUUAUUGGUGAUAAUUCAAACUCUUUGCUUUUGUAACAUUUGUUACAUCAAAAAUACUGUCACCGAUCAGCCUCUACCCACGUCCAUACAAAUUUUUAUAUAGGCCGGUGCCGGUGGUUCUUCAACGUGUACCCCGGCCUUCUUCCACCUUCAAAACCUGGCACGUUCUUAAGUGACCCUGGCUGUUGAUAGGACAUUAAACAAAAUAAAAUAAAAAGAUAAACUGAUUAACGAUGCCGUAUUGCGAAUAUUCUGUAGACGUGAAUGCAGGUACAAUGAAUAAGGUUUGUCCGUUUCAUCACCUGAUGUGCCGGCCACAACAAGUUCAGACGACAGGGUAUCUUCCGUAUGUAAUACAUGGGAGACUUUUUAUUUUUUAAAUUAAACAUUUGUUGUUGCGGUAGUUUAAGGCAAUGUUUUUUUAGUAAGCUAUGGUAGCAUAGGUUUGCCAUCGCGAUGACGACUCAAUGAAGUUGACACUAUUUUUAGAUAACUUAGCUUUGACAAAUUCUAAUGCGUACUGGUCAGAAUCCUCUAUCUCUCGCUUGAUGGGGUGCUUGCAUUUAUGUUUGCUUUUAUUGGGAAAAAAGUUUGGGGUUUUUUUUCACUCUCUCGGUACAUUCAUCUUGGAGAUGUGCGGAGAUGUAAUUAUUCCAUUUUCAUUGAAAUUUUGGAGGGAUUAUUUCUUUCCACUGUUUGUUUUUACUAUGCCGUGCCUUUCCCUUCUUCACAUCGACGUAAAUCUAGUUGUGUGUGCUGUUUUUGUCUUUUGGUAAUAUAGUUACUUCUUGCAUCCCAUUUUCGUAUUUCCCAUUUAAAAAUAGUUCACGGAUUUAUUGAAAUCUGAGUGCUAAUUGAUGACCGUUAGUUAACGAUGGUAAAUACAUCAUAUCGUUCUCACUAGAAUUAGAUCAGUUGUGAAGAUCACAUAAAAAUUUAUGUUCUGAAAGAAGUAUGUUAGACGUUCCUUAGUCAACAGAACACUGAAAGCAUGAUAUACUGUAAAACAACUUAUUUUCGCGUGCGAUUAAUUUUCGCAUCUUCUCUACAGCAUUAAUCCGAUGGAGUAAAUGUCCCCUACAAGUUUAUCAGUACGACUCUCGUGAGCUAACAGAUGUAAUCAAGGAACACAAUCAAGAAUGAUUUACUGGAAAUGAAAUUCGAAUUUUUAUUUUGUUAGAUUUGUUUUCGUGGUGCUCGAGGAGUAACAGUGUUAGAAGAUGACUUUUAAUAUCAAUAUUUAUUUGAAUUCCUCAAAAUAGAAAUACACACCAGUUUGGUGAUGAGACAGGUGGAUACGUUUAUAUCAAUGCAUGAAACACUAUUCAGGGAUAAUUGCAGAAUCGGUUAAUUGUCUACAGGUAUAUGAAUACUAGACAUGAAUGGGGUAAGAAUGACUGAUUUUGUAAUAUCGAAGAAUAUGUAUACCUCGUUGUGUAUUCUGGUAUUGUAGUGUUCUAGUAUGUAUGCUAGCUAAAGAUAUGAUUGUACAAUUGGUGCUAAAUCUGGAAAACGACGUUUGGAUCCUAAAUGGUACUGAAGCUUAUGUUUACACUGAGAAAUGUCUUUAAUGUGUAACUAAAUUCAGUAAUUGGUAUGCUGGCAUAUUCAAUGUACUAGUUAAAAGUAUUACGUAAAAAGAUUAGGUUAAAUGAAAUGGAGAAUAUACUGUUUGACUCGGUCCGUUGAGUGACAUUGUAUAAUUGAAGGGUGUAUAAUGAUCUUUAUCGGUUCAUAGUUACCAUAAUAUUAAUAUGUGCGUGUGGGAGAGUUUGUGUGAAGAUAUCCUAAUAUCAUGUGCAAGUAUGAGGGUUUGUGUGAGGGUGUGUGUCGGGGUAUCUUUGCGGGAUGCGUGCGAAGGGUGUGUGAGGACGUUUGGCUUGGAUGUUUAUAUUAAUUGUAUAAUGAAUAAAUGUGGUCUGGAAGGAAUACGAUCUCAUUAGUGUCAUUAUCUGUAUAUAUUUGUUACCAUUCUGGAAGUGUUUUUGAGGUUGAUAUUCAUUUGUAUGUUAGUCAGGAGUGUAAGUGUGUUACACUAGCAUGGACGCAAUUGCUGCUAAUCAGGUGUAGUUGUAAAAAUAGUGCGCACGGCAUUGGUAAUGUGUAGAUCAAGUCAAAGGCUGAUAGAUCAAAAUCAAAAUCGCUCCUAGUCGCGAAAUACUGUAUACUGGGAUAUUUUCUGGUGCUGUUAUUUUGCGCUUUUCGCUGUAGGGCGCUUCGUGAGUUUAAAAAUGCCGCGGAAAUGUCCAAUUCUUGACACUGUUUUAAACUACUUACAAAACUAGAUAAAAACCGAAUUGUUAGUUUAGUUUAGUAAGUUAGGGAUCUCAAUAGAGAAGCAAUGUUUUAAUCUGCUACUCUUAUAGGGGAUCACGGUGUUUUACUGAAUUUUUGUGAUAUGGUGUGAAUGAAUUUGCUGGACUUUGAACUACAUUUGUAUGUGGAGUAUGAUUGAAAGAGAAGGCGUGUUAGUGUGCAGUAUGAUUGAAAGAGAAGGCGUGUCAGUAGAAUGUUUUAAAUGAUUGUGAUACACAUAUUUGCAUAAUCAUCACCCAUCUAUCUUUCUGUUUUCAUCUAUCACCAUUACCUACAUUUUGUUAAUGAUACGCAAAGUACGAAAAUGGAAAAUUUUAUUUAUUGAUUUAAAAUGUCAUGUUUGGUUUUAAAGUGAGAUAAACAAAGAAAUAUUAAGCACAAAAAGGGAAGAGGCGAUUUUGCUUGAUCGUGAUAAGAUUGCACUCGAACUUUGUUACGGCCAUUGUAAUGUUACAGUUUCAUUGAUAAUUCUUAUUGAUUAUAGAUAUAAAUGUUAUAAAUAGUGUACAUGAAAGGAGUGAACACUGCAUAAUUAAAUGGAGAAUAUUAUCUGAUUAAAUAAAUGAUAAAAAAAACUUA